CCCAGGGGUGAUCCCGGCUCGGGGCUGCGGCCGCCGGCAGGGCGCGACACGGCUCUCCGGUGCUUGCGGCUGCCCUGUGCAGUCGUGAGGGGCUUAUCGCGUGUCUGUGUGUAGAUACACGUGUGUAUGUGUGUCUGUAUAUGUGUCGGUGGGCCUGUAUACACGUACGCGCGUGUGCGCGCAGGGCUCGGUGUGUGAACGCCCUCAGGGAAAUCGGGACGCGCCAGCAAAAACUCCKCUGGUUUUCUGGUGUCCUGUGUGUUUUCUGUGUCCUGUCACUGCAGGAAGCCAGGGGGUUGCUGUUUCCUGCCGCUUGUAGAUGCARUGUUCUCCGGUGAAGUUGUCUUAGGGGAAUUACGUGGAUGUCGAGCACAGGGGAGCUGCUAGUCUGGAAAAAUGGUGCUUGCCACUGGAAAGGAGAGAGAACUGGUGAGCAGAAAGCUUGUUUUUAAUAAAAUACUCAGCAUGUGCUGAGAAACAAGUCAGAAAACCGGCCAAAAGCUAAUGUCGUCCAGAACACCCACGGACAGUCCAGAGGUGCCAAUGGAAAAUGCCCUGCUCCCUGGAGCUCCUGAUGUGGAAGGAAAGGCGAAGUCAAGUGACAAUUCAGUAGAGAAACAGGAGCCAGGCUCAGGCAAGGAAGAAUGCCUUGAGUCCUUGUCCAAGAGGCAAAGGAAGAAACUAUUGAGGCAGAAGCAGUGGGAAGAACAGAAAGAUCUACGGAGGCAGAAACGAAAAGAAAAACGCCAGAAGAGAAAACUAGAACGUCAGUCAAAAUUGGAUUCCAGUGGUGAGGGGAAUGACAGAAAGUGCAUGCGCAGGGAAGUUGUUCCUAGCACGCUUCGCCUCAUUGUGGACUGCAGCUUUGAUAACCUGAUGGUGUUAAAGGAUGUUAAGAAGCUUCACAAGCAGAUUCAGAGAUGUUAUGCAGAAAACCGCAAGGCAUUCCAUCCUGUGCAGUUUUACUUGACCAGCCAUGGGGGACAGUUGAAGACCAACAUGAAUGAAAAUGACAAAGGAUGGGUGAAUUGGAAGGAUAUCCAAAUUAGAACAGAGCACUAUAGUGAACUAAUAAAGAAAGAAGACCUAGUAUAUCUCACCUCAGAUUCCCCAGACAUUCUCAAAGAGCUUGAUGAGAAGAAAGCCUAUGUGAUUGGAGGACUGGUGGACCACAAUCACCACAAGGGAAUUACUUACAAAAAAGCUGUAGAGCAGGGAAUUGGYCAUGCACAGCUCCCACUUGGAAACUUUGUCAAAAUGAACAGUCGGAAAGUGUUAGCUGUCAAUCACGUGUUUGAGAUAAUCCUUGCAUACCUGGAGAAAAGAGACUGGAAGGAAGCAUUUUUCAGUGUCCUGCCACAGAGGAAAGGGGCUGUUCCUCUGGGAGAAGCCAAUGAUCCAUCCACACWUGCUCUGUCUGGAAAAGAAGAUAAAGACAAUGACUCGGACAGCAACUAG